AUGGCAUCAACCUCGGCGACCAUCUCAUUCCCAAAGACAUCGAUUGCAUCUUUCCACGCACCUCUCGAGCAAUACAAACGAAUCGUGGCCUUCCUCGGAGCCGGAAACUGUCAUGGGGCCGAGUCCGAAGCGUUGUCGAGUGUGAAAGCAUUCAACGAGACGCCACAAAUAGUCUUGGAGUAUUACGAAGAACGACGACGUCAGGCUCGAGAGGCUCGGCCAAAUGCUGCGCACGAAGCCAUAGCAGCACUGGCACGAGUCAAGGGUCCGGCGAAUUUCAUGGCUAUGGAUAUGAACGUUGACGGAUUGUGUUCGAGAGCUGGACACCCCAAGCAUCAACUCUUCGAAAUGCAUGGCAAUCUCUUCGACGCGAAGUGCUCGAGACUUGAGUGUGAGUACUUCAAGGAGGAGUUCUUCAACGACGAGUACAGCACCAUGGCCAGACAAACCCGGCCACGCUGUCCAAGAUGCAACAGCGACCUCCGCCCUGCAGUUGUCUGGUCUGGAGAGAACUUACGCAAAGACGCGGUCGACGCUGCGGAAGGCUUUCUCUCUGAGAUCGAACCCAUCGAUCUGAUCCUGGUUAUAGGGACUACGGCCCAAAUCUGGCCGGCUGCUGGAUUCGUGGACUCUGCGAUCGAGAAGGGAGCCAGCGUCGCCAUGGUCAACGUCGAUAGAGGCAACCUCGUUCCCGAAGGAGGUGCUCUAGGGCUCACAGGAAAGGACUGGUUCUCUGUGGGCGAUCCAGCGGAUGUGGUGCCAAGGUUGCUGGCGCCUCUAGUUGGGAAUCAGUACAUCAGGUUGUGA